AAUCACUGUAAAUGCUAUUUCCUGCCUGAAAGCUCAAAAGCAUAAGUAGACUCUCCCCUGCUGGCUGGCAGGCAAUCACUCCUUCCAAACCACUUCUUUCUGUUUGUUCUUCUUCAGUUUUCCCCAGAGCUUAUCAAACCAUGUUGGGUCGACUCGCUACCCUCGCGCUCGUUUCGACUGCUUUUGCUAUCCCCAAUACUCUGCCCAAAUCCACGCCUCGUUAUGAUUACAUUAUUGUGGGUGGCGGCACUUCCGGUUUGGUCAUUGCCAAUCGAUUGAGCGAAGAUCCGACCGUCUCUGUUGCUGUUAUUGAGGCUGGCGAUCAAGUCUUCAACAACACGAACGUUACCAGCGCAUCCGGCUAUGGCAAGGCCUUUGGUACAGAAAUCGAUUGGGCAUACGAGAGCGAAGCUCAGGUGUAUGCCGGCAACAAGACUCAGAUCUUGAGAGCUGGUAAGGCGCUGGGAGGUACCAGCACCAUCAAUGGCAUGACUUACAUGCGUGCCGAGAGCAGCCAGAUCGACAGCUGGAAGAAGGUCGGAAACAACAUCACGUGGAACUCCCUGCUGCCAUACUACAAGAAGAGCGAAUACUUCGAAUACCCUACCGAGGCCCAAGUCUCGAUGGGCGCAUCCUACUUGCCCGAAUACCACGGUACCGAAGGCCCGUUGGCUGUCAGCUGGCCCACUGAGAUGGUCGGCAACAACUUCUCAAGCAUGCUCAAUGCCACAUUCAAGGCCAUGAAGCUGCCUUGGAACGGAGAAGCGAACAGCGGAUCCAUGCGCGGAUACAACGUCUUCCCCAAGACAUUCGACAGAUCAUUGGAUCUUCGUGAGGACGCCGCUCGUGCUUAUUACUACCCUUUCACCACAAGACCCAACCUUGACGUUUACCUCAACUCUUUCGCACAACGUCUGACUUGGUCUAAUGACAACUCUUCGGUCGCUUUUGCCAAUGGUGUUGUCUUCACCGACAAGUCUGGUGCCGAGCAGAGCCUACUUGCUACCAAGGAAGUCGUUUUGUCUGCCGGAUCUUUGAGAUCUCCUCUUCUGCUUGAACUCUCGGGUGUCGGUAACCCUGCCGUGCUUGAAAACCUCGGCAUCGAAGUCAAGGUCCACUCUCCCUUCGUCGGCGAAAACCUCCAGGACCAGACUACCGUUGACACCAACUACGAUGCAACUCAGAAAUUCACCGGCGCUGGUGGCUUUAUCGGAUACUUCAAUGCUACCGACGUCUGGGGCAACAGCACUGCAUCAUUCAGCAAGACCAUCAAGGCAUCGCUCGAACAAUACGCCAACAAGACUGUACAAGCAACCGGCGGUAUUACCGACGUCGACACUCUGCUGAAGCUUUUCAACAUCCAGCACGAGCUCAUCUUCGAGGAUGAAGUUGUCAUCUCUGAGAUCAUUGUUAACGCACCCUCAGCCAGCGCUGGCUUGAUCGAGUACUGGGGUCUGAUGCCUUUCUCUCGUGGAAACAUUCACAUCAAGUCUGCCAACGCCUCCGCCCCUGCCUCCAUCAACCCCAACUACUUCCUGCUCGACUAUGACAUCAAGCAACAGAUUGGCACUGCCAGAACUGCCAGAAAGGUCGCCACUACCGCUCCUUUGAGCAACAUCCUUACCUCCGAGACCCUUCCUGGCCUCGACUCCGUCCCUACCAACGCUUCCGACGCCGUCUGGGGUGACUGGUUGAAGUCGGUCUACCGUUCCAACUACCACUACAUCUCUACUGCCGCUAUGAUGUCCAAGGAACUCGGUGGUGUUGUCGACGACAACCACUUGGUCUACGGAACCGCCAACGUUCGCGUUGUCGAUGCUUCUGUGCUCCCCUUCCAGGUGUCUGGCCACUUGACCAGCACUUUGUAUGCUCUUGCCGAGAGAGCUGCUGAUGUUAUCAAGGCUAGCCACCAGUAGAUCUUACAGGCAUGCUAGAUUGACUGCUCGAGGUCACUGAUGCAAUGUCACAUUCUUGUACAAAAAAAUCAUCACAUUUGGAGUUAUAGCGGAACAAACUAGGGAACAUCAUAGACUAUAGAGAUACAAUUAGAACUCGCAUACUUUCAAGCCG